AUGUUUUCAGUCACGAAUGUCUUGUUCGCAAUAGGAAUUUUGCUUCUGCUGCACUGGAUAUGGAAUAUUGUUCAUCGACUCUUAAUCUCCCCACUAAAGUCUAUCCCAGGACCCUGGAUCUACGCCGUGACUAGUAUCCCUCACGAUAUCGCGUGCAUCAAAGGCAUCCGCCAUAAGGUUCUAGAAGAACUCCACGAGAAGUACGGCCCAGUUGUUCGCAUCUCCCCCACCGAGGUCUCCUUCAUCAACGAUGCGGUUUGGAAAGAUGUUUGGGGGUUUCGCAAAAAUGACGCGGAGUGCCCAAAGAGCGAUCUCAUGGAACGUGUCAAUGGCUUUACCGGAAUUCUGGAUGCCGGUCGCCUUGACCAUCGAAGAUUUCGCCGCUUGCUCUCGCACGCGUUUUCGGAACAGAGUCUCCGUGGACAGGAGAAACGAGUGCAUCAACAUGUCGAUCUGCUAGUACAAGGACUUCGGAAUACCUCUCAGAAAGGUCCCUUAGACAUUACAUUGUGGAUGCAUUGGACCACUUUCGAUAUCAUGGGUGAUCUUGCUUUUGGCCAGUCCUUCAAGAGUCUUGAGGCAAUGAAGACCCAUCCUUGGCAACAGUUCCUUGCCGACUAUAUCGCUGCUGCUGUAUGGAGUGGUAUAGCAGAACGGUGGGGGCUAGCGAAACUCAUUGCUGUCGUUACGCCAGCGUCAUUGCGUCAAGCUGUGCAGGACUUUUAUGAAUUGUCCUCGCAGAUGAUCGAGAAACGAAUUGUAUUCGGAAAGGAGAGAGGCGAUUUCUUCGAUCAUAUACUGAAGCACGAGGUGCUCAGCGAUGAUACUAAGAUGCAAGGUGAAUUGAAAGGUUUAAGGCAUGGUGAACUGAAGAGCAUCGCAUCAGACCUCGCGGUAGCAGGCUCGGAAACCACUGCAACGUUGCUGUCCGGCCUUUGGUAUUUCUUGUCCCUGAAUCCACCUGUCCUAGCCAAGCUGGUUGCAGAGAUCCGCACUUUUGAGUCGGAGGACGACAUCAACUUCGCGAAUAUCGCUAAGCUUGAGUAUCUUAACGCUGUGAUUGAUGAAGCUCUUCGGUGCUUCGUUCCUUCGCCAAUUCCUUCCGGUCGAAAUAUCCCUACGGGCGGUGUCACUGUCGGUGAAGUUUAUCUACCAGAAGGCACAACGGCGUUCGUAUCUCAUCACAUCGCGUACACGUCUCCAAUGCAUUUUGCAAGACCUAAAGAAUUUAUUCCCGACAGAUGGAUUGAGGGGAAGCCGAAAGAAUUCCAACAUGACAAUGAGAGUGUCUACCGACCCUUUGCAUACGGACCGCGCAAUUGUAUCGGUACUCAUCUCGCUAGGGCAGAAAUGAGGCUCAUUAUUUCUAAGGUCCUAUGGCAUUUUGAUCUCGAACGUCCAGAUCCAUCAACAGAGAAGGGGCAUGAUUGGGAGAGCUGGAUGGAUCGGGCUCGAGUUUACUUUCUUUGGCACAAACCUCCUCUCAUGGUUAACCUAACACCAAGGCUAAGGUAA